UUCUUCACCCUAUCAACCUCAUCCCUCAUCCCUCAUCCCCUCUCUUUCGUUACGAACACUUUAAAAACCCCACUCCAACUUUACCCAAAUACCAUCCUCCUCCUCCACCACCACCAAUGGCUUCAGAAACUCCAAACCCACCAUUCCCAAUCAAAACAGUGGUGGUUCUAGUCCAAGAGAACCGCUCAUUCGACCACAUGCUCGGUUGGAUGAAAUCCUUAAACCCACAAAUCAACGGCGUAACCGGCUCCGAAUCAAACCCUCUCUCCACCUCCGACCCCGGUUCGAACCGCCUCUUCUUCGGCCAAAACUCCAUAUACGUGGACUCGGACCCGGGUCACUCCAUCCAAGCCAUGUACGAACAAAUCUUCGGCCAACCAUGGACUCAAAACUCCGCAUCCCAAAAUCUCCAACCCACUAUGCAAGGUUUUGCACAGAAUGCAGAGAGGACACAGAAAGGGAUGUCGGAGACGGUGAUGAACGGGUUUAAACCGGAGUCAGUGGCGGUUUACAAGGAGCUGGUGGCGGAGUAUGCGGUGUGUGACCGGUGGUUCGCGGCGGUGCCUGCGUCCACGCAGCCGAACCGGUUGUUUGUGCACUCUGCGACGUCGCAUGGGGCCACGAGUAAUGAUACCAAGAAGUUGAUAGAAGGGUUUCCUCAGAAGACUAUAUUUGAGUCCUUGGAUGAAGAGGGUCAUAGCUUUGGAAUCUACUAUCAAGCCCCUCCAGCCACACUUUUUUACAGGAACCUUAGAAAAUUGAAGUAUGUAAAGAAUUUUCAUGGCUUUGAUCUACACUUCAAGAGGCAUUGUAAAGAGGGAAAGCUACCAAACUAUGUGGUAGUUGAACAAAGGUACUUUGACUUGAAAAUAUUGCCAGGGAAUGAUGAUCACCCUUCUCAUGAUGUCUUUGAGGGCCAGAAAUUUGUUAAGGAAGUGUAUGAAGCACUUAGAUCAAGUCCCCAAUGGAAUGAAAUGUUGUUCAUCAUCAUAUAUGACGAGCAUGGUGGUUUUUAUGAUCAUGUGCCUACUCCGAUGACCGGCGUUCCAAGUCCGGAUGGCCUUGUGGGUUCCGCACCAUAUAACUUUCAAUUUGACCGUCUUGGUGUUAGAGUUCCAGCCAUUAUGAUUUCUCCGUGGAUUGAACGCGGUACAGUGUUGCAUGGGCCUUCAGGGCCAUAUCCCACAUCAGAGUUUGAGCAUUCUUCAAUUCCAGCAACUGUUAAAAAGAUUUUCAAUUUGAAAGAGUUCUUGACUAAGCGUGAUUCCUGGGCUGGCACUUUUGAAGGUGUUGUUAGCCGAAGCAGCCCAAGAACUGACUGUCCAGUUAAAUUACCUGAACCAGUGAAGCUGAGAGAGGCAGAAGCAAAAGAAAAUGCAAAAUUAACAGAGUUCCAAGAAGAGAUGGUACAAAUGGCAGCAACAUUAUGUGGGGACCACAAGAAGGAUAUUUAUCCUGACAAACUUGUAGAGAACAUGACUGUUGAUGAGGCAGUUAAGUAUGUCAAUAAUUCCUUCAAGAAAUUCUUAGAAGAAUGUGAGAAAGCUAAGGCAAGUGGUGCAGAUGAGUCCCAGAUUUGUGUCCCAAAUGAUGAUGAUCCGCCCAAACCACCAGAGUAUAAAUCCAAAUCCUUUGCUUCUAAGUUCUUUUCUUGUGUAGCUUGUGCCAAAUCAUGAACUUCUUCAUCAUCAUUCACAUAUGUUUGAAUCCUAUUUCGAAGUUCUAUGAGUGUAAUAACACAAAAUUCAAAUAUAGAAUUGAACAUAUAAAAUAUAUUGGUAGACAUGAUUUUUCAGAAGCA